AUAACCCUCCUCUUCGCGUUUCUCAUGUCUUGAUCCUCCCAAAUUGUACGCUAGUACAUCUCCUUUAUCCGUGUGCAGACGGCGUCUCUUCAUGCUUUCGCGCAAAUUUCCCAGGCUGAUCGCUUCGCUUGUCGGUUAGAAAUGCAUCAAAAGUCGCCAUAGAGUAAAUCCGAAAGUUCGUCUUCAGAUGCUCUCAAAGCUCCAGAAGGCUUUUUAUUUUCAUCGCCUCUCCGAACAAUGCGUUUUGUUUAGAGUUAGAGUUCAUACUGGGUUAAUUGAGUUCGUCUCGGCUAGACACGUGAUGGAAUUAGCGCAUUGGGGACAGCAUUCAUCUCACUUUCCCACCGUUACCUCACCUUUCUCUUUGCACAACGCGAAACACGCGAUCUUCAUUAAACCGAUCUAGAUUCUUUGACGUGUAUGUCCAAGCCUGAAUUACUCCCCUCUUCAUCCAUUGCUGGCACAAUGCAUCGCUAACACAAUUCCCCAGAACCCAAACUUGGUGUACAAGUCCCAAAAGAUAGCUCGGGCACGGCGGAAAUUGGAUCCGUCGUUCCAGCCCAAGCAAAAUGUCGUCCUUCCUCCUCUCGAGUUGGAGCGCGCUAUCGACGUCGACGGUCGUUGCAGUUGGUCUUGUAACUGUCUUGAUAGCUUCGCUAUGGUUUCUUCCAAGAGAGGAAUUGGAUCCGAAGGAGCCGCCGCUGGCGAAGUCGAGGAUUCCGGUGUUUGGUCACGUGAUGAAUUUGUUGUGGUAUCAGAAUACGUAUUUUAGGAUUUUGCACAAAACCCAACCUUCCCCCAUAACAACCCUCCUCAUCCUCACCCAACGCAUCUACAUCAUUUCCUCACCCACCCUCGCUCAACUCGCCUUCCGCCUCUCCAAAACCAUAGAUUUCGAAACCAUCAAGCAGAACGCUUCGGUCAAAGCCCUCGGGUUUGAUCAGCACGGUAUAGAUAUCGUUAAUGCUCCAUUACUACCUGACCCGCAUGUCCCGGGCAGAAUGUCGAAUUAUAUGACGGACUUGCAUACGGAGAUGUAUGGGGCUUUGGCGCAGGGCAAGCAGUUGUUGGAUACGAAUAGGAAGGUUUUGGGGGGGUUGGUGGAGAUUUUGAACGAGAUUGGUGGGGAUGGGUGGAAGGAGAUGAUGUUGUUUGGGUGGUUGAGGGACUCUUAUACAACGGCUAGUGCGGCGGCGUUGUAUGGUGAGGAGAAUCCGGUAAAGUGGGAUAAGCGGUUCAUCCAAAUGGGCUGGGAUUUCGAAAAAGAUCUCGGCCUCCUAGUCUUGGACACUUACCCCUCCAUCACCGCCCGCAAAGGCCACCUCGCACGUCAAGCCAUAACCGCCUCCUUCGAAACCUACUACGCCCGCGGCCUCCUCUCCAACGCCAGCGCCUUCGUGCAAGGCCGCGCCCGCUGCGCCCGCAAAUGGGGCCUCACAACCACCGAGAUUUGCAAAGCAGACAUCAGCAUAUUAUUCGCGGCUGUGACGAAUACAGUCCCGAAUGUGUUUUAUAUGCUUUGUUGGAUCUUCGAACGGCCUGAGUUGGUUGCUGAUCUCAGGGAUGAGAUUGAAGGUAUUGUUAAAGAGGGGAAGGGGAAUGGCGAACCAGAGGGUAGCGAAAAAGGGAGAGAGAUGUUCCUUAAUAUCGAGGGGUUGAGAGAGAAUUGUCCUCUCCUAACAGCCUGUUUCCACGAAUCUCUCCGCCUCGUCAAAACAGGUUUCGUGAUCCGCACCGUCCUGGAAGAUACCCUCCUCGCAGACAGGUAUCUCCUCAAGAAAGGCGCCAUUGUGCAGAUCCCUACGGGUGUCUUGCAAGCUGAUGUUGACACUUGGGGGGAGGAUGCCGGGGUUUUUAAUCCUCGGAGGUGGAUUGAUGGGGAUGAAGAUUCGAUAAAAGGGAAAUCUCGAUCACAAAGUGGUACGAAUGGGAUCACGGAUCUGGCGCAAAACGUGUUCAAGGGAAAGGAAAAGCGCAAACUCCAGAAUAGCGCGUAUAUCCCCUUUGGAGGCGGGAAGAAUCUUUGUCCGGGGAGACAUCUCGCUUUUACUGAGAUUACGGCGUUUGUGGCGGUCUUGGUUUUUGGGUUUGAUUUGGAGGGUUGUUCUGGUAAGGGGGGAGAGGUGAUUAAAGCGCCGGAAAUGGCGACGAAUAAAUUGGGGGAUGGGAGUACGAGUCCGAAGGGGGAUGUUAGGGUUAGGAUGAGGAGGAGGAGGGGGUGGGAGGGUGUGAGGUGGGGGUUUGUUGUUGGUGAGGAGGAAGGAGGGGAGUGA